CAUUCAAUGGUAUGUUCCAACAACCCCUAGGUCGUUGACCUGAGGAAGAUGUCAUCAUCGAAACCGAACAAUCACUGAUUUGCAGCUGAAAGAUACCGUCUUUUCCCGAAGAACUUUGGACUAUUGGCAGCGAUAUCAUUUUGAGUAGAAGAGAGUGGACUAGAGACUGUUCAUACAAUGUUUGGGUUUGGAUUUGAGGGUUUCCAGCGGCCCACACGGUUCAACACCCAGUACAGAUGUUACUCUGUGUCCAUGUUACCUGGGAAUGAGAGAUCAGAUGUGGAGAGAGGAGGAAAAAUCAUCAUGCCACCAUCAGCACUAGACCAACUAACACGGCUGAACAUAGUUUACCCCAUGCUGUUCAAGCUGACCAACAAGAGAGCCAACAGGGAAACACACUCAGGGGUGCUGGAGUUUGUAGCUGACGAAGGGAAAGUCUAUCUUCCAUAUUGGAUGAUGAGGAACUUGUUGAUAGAAGAGGGAGGUAUAUUACAGGUGGAGAAUGCCUCCUUACCUGUAGCCACAUUCUCCAAGUUCCAGCCCCAGUCUGAGGACUUCCUGGACAUCACCAACCCUAAAGCUGUAUUAGAAAAUGCCCUGAGAAACUUUGCCUGCCUGACAAAAGGCGAUGUUGUUGCAAUCACGUAUAAUGAAAAGGUGUAUGAGCUACACGUGAUGGAGGUCAAACCAGGUCAAGCCGUCUCCAUCAUAGAAUGUGAUAUGAAUGUAGAAUUUGCUGCCCCUGUUGGCUAUCAGGAACCAGUGUACAAAAAGAAAGAAGAAACAGAGCAAGAGAUGGCUGUAGAUGAGGCAGACUUUGCUCCAGAAGGCUUCCUGGCCUUUGCUGGUCAGGGACACAGGUUAGAUGGGAAGAAGAAAGGCACUGAUCCCCAACCUAAGGCACUGGGAGCUGGUGCCAUCAGAAGGGGCAUUCCUAACUAUGAGUAUAAGAAGGGCAAGAUCACUUUCAUGCGAAAUGUUCGGAGACCACAGAACAAUCACCAGACAGAAGAGGAUGACGAGUUUCAACCCUUCACAGGAGAGGGCCAGGCACUCAGAAGGAAAGGGGGCAGGAAGUAACACAACAUCAAUAAACAUCAAUACCUUACACCACAUUAAUGAUAUUUAUAUAGCACUGAUAAAUACCUGUGAGGUGAAUCCUUACAGAAUGUGGCUAAACCAAUAUUCAAGUUGGUAUCAUUAGUAAUAAUUGUACAGGGAUAGUUGUGUUAUUUUGGGCGGUAUGUAAGCAAGAGAAAGAUUUGACUUUAUGCACAAUUGUACUAUUGCUCAUGUUGCUCUCUUUUUCAUGGACGAAAUUGAGAUGUGUAGCUGCAAAGUUAUGUUUGUUAUCAGUUUCCUAGCAGACUUUUGAAGGGAAAAUAUAUCUGGAAUAGGGGACAUCAGAAAAUGUUACAGUCUUCCCAUGGAGUACUACUGCAUUAGCCUCAUACUCUUCAAGUAGAUGUGAGUGGGGUUUUCAGCAUCUCACAACAACCCAGCUUUAGUUAGAGGGAUGUUGGGUUGGAUGUAAAAUACUAUCAAACAACCAUAGUAUCUAUUACCUAGAGAAUGUCCAGUUGUCAUUUCAAAUUCAUCAUUGGCAACUGGUCAAGAAGGAGACAUUUCUAAAGCACUUAACUAUAUACAUUUAUACUCCUGUGCCCUUAGGUGAAUAAGAUACAUCACAUUGUACAUGACACAGCUGUGAAAGAGUAUGAAGAGGUGUCUGGACCUCUUUGGGGAACGUAGCCAGGGAUCUAGUUUUGUUUGCCAGUUUACUGAGUGUAGAAUGGUCUAGUCAUGAAAUUGUCAGUGGAUUAUUGAACAAGGGUCUACCAAUACAUGUAUUUUUCAAGUACAAGAGGAAGGUAAGAAAUAAAUUCAUUGCACUGCUAAU